UCGAUACAAAAAUAUUUUAAAAGUCCCCCCCCCCCGGUUUUGUUGCUAAGAGACGCAUACGCCAUUUCAGAAAAGAAAUAUGGCGGAUUUUUUGAGAGUUUUCAAAAACAUUGCAGAUUUCUGACCAAAUUUUAAAAGUGUUUCUCCACAAUGGCUCGGAAAUCUUUUAAAAAAGAUUCAGUCCUGGAUGAACACGAGAUAGACGAGUCUUCCUAUGAUGCUAGUUUUGUGCUUGACCCGGCCAAACUCUUUGACGAAUUGCCUCAGCCGUUUCGACUCAUCGAUAAAACGGUGAACUUCAUCUUUGAUAAAGCAUGGGAGGCGAUAAAAGAGCUUGAAUUAAGAGCGAAUGAACUUGGUUUAGGCGGAAAACUUCCGGUUUUUGACUGCGCAGAGGAAAUGCAGGAUUUUUGUCAAGCUACUUUAAUGUGUACUAGUUUGGAUGGAAAAUUCGUGUUUCUUGUUGCAAAAAACGGUAUUAUUUAUGCGCUGGAUGCGGAGACGUCUUGUGCGGUUGCUUAUAACGACGAGCUGCAAGGAAUAAAAGUAGAAACGUUGUCUGCUGGCCAUCUAGACGAGAACAAGCAUUUGGUUUGUGUGUUGAUGGAAAAUGGUUAGUUAUUCACCCCCAUAAAAAUAUGCAAUUGCAAAACAUUCACCAUGCUCUUAUCCAGUUACAAGUGUAGCUCACCCAGAAUACCUAAACCAAGCUUGCCAUUUUUUAAUGUUUUCACGGGGGGGGGGCAACUUGUACCCAGGGCCCGCCCACUUGAUUUUUUUAAAUUGGGCGGGCAGGCCCUGGGUAUGAGGUGGGGUGAUGGCCUCUCCUUAGUUCACUGGCUAGGAACAUGGCAAGUGCUUUGUGAUUGCAAAUCAUUGUUAUAAAAUCCUCUUUGCACAGGUACAGCGGCGACUUUUGCUCUAUCUGGAAGUAACCUUCAUCUUGUAAGAGUAUUUAACGAGGACUUUGGAGUCAAAGGUUCUGUCACAAACUAUAUUGAUGUCUCUUUUGAUGGCAACUAUCUUGCUGUUGGCUGGAGGAGUAAGUAUAUAGCAACCUAUUAUCACAGUUUUGAGACCAUACAGAAUCCGCCACACUGUACAAUGAUUCGAUCAUCAAAAUGUACUCGCCAUGUUCCUAGCCAGUGCAUUCACCCUGCUGAACUUCUGCCAUUUUCAGGGGGUGAUGCCUCUCAUAAGAGCCUAGUUAGAAACAUGGCGGCAGCUAUUUACGCCAUGAAAAUCAUAUUCAAAACCAAGAAGUCAGCCUUAUGUAAGGGACUAACGUCUCUAUUCUGUGGCUAUUAUGCACUUGCAGUUUACAGAAACUGUAAACGAAAACUAUUGUUACUGAUUUUAUUUAUUCAGUUCCAUUAAAAUCCAGUUGGUUGGAGAUUUAUAAAAUUCCAAAAGAAUUCUGGUGUAAUGAAAUAAAUGUUAUUGAAGAGAAGAUGAGACAAGAUCAGGUAAAAUGAAUGAUUCCAUAAAUCCUGCAGAUAGACCUUGCCUCGUAUUUCCUUGUGCUGAGGUGGAUUAGCGCUACCAUCAGGGGGGUUAUAUUGCAUUUCUUUCAGCAGGAAGCGAGCAUCAAGGGAGAAGAAGAAACACCCAAAGUUGCCAGUGAUUCGUUGGAAAAUGACUCAUCUGAUUCAGAGGUAAUAAGCAACUUUGUUCACCAGAAAAAGGCUAUAAUGUGA